GAAGAUAACGCUUCACAGACGGUUAACCUCGAUAUGAGACUCCCCUCAGCAAUCAACCAGCUCUCAGAAGCUCCACAUCAGCUAAGAACCAUCACUCUAAACGUCUAGACUAGCUGUUCUUUUGUAUUAGCACAUUUGGGAUAACUUCUGCAAGCCAGCAAUAAACAGCAUUUGGACAUAAUAGUAUCAGAGCCAUCAACACAAGAAUGUCCUUGCAACAUCUGACUGCAAUAAACUGCGCUGGCAUUCUUCAACCAGGUUGCUCAUUGUUGUACUUGGAAGAUGAAGUUUACCUCAUCGGUCAGAAAGGCUGGCCCAAACGCUCCUGUCCAACUGGCAUCUUUGGUGUACGAAUCAAGCGUGAUGAGCUCAAACUGCGUGCCAUCUCAUUCUCCAACACUUCCUGCUACCUCCCACCUCUGCGGUAUCCGGCAAUCGCUCGCCUAAAACCUCACGAUGGGAGCCCUGAGAGUUACCUCAUUCAUGGUGGUAGAACACCCAAUAACGAAUUGUCCUCGAGCCUUUACAUGCUUAGUGUCGACAGUCGUGGAUGCAAUCGGAAGGUCACGCUGAGAUGUCUGGAGAAAGAGCUGGUGGGGGAGCCUCCAGGUCCUCGGUAUGGUCACACCAUUAGUGUAGUCCACAGCAGGGGGAAGACCGCCUGUGUGCUUUUUGGAGGCAGGUCCUACAUGCCACCUACUGAGAGAACCACAGAGAACUGGAAUUGUGUGGUGGACUGUCCGCCCCAGGUGUAUCUCAUUGACCUAGAGUUUGGCUGCUGCUCAGCGCAUACCCUCCCUGAGCUAACAGACGGUCAGUCGUUCCACUUGGCACUGGCUCGAGAGGACUGUGUGUACUUCCUGGGGGGCCACAUUCUCUCCACCGACUGCCGACCACCUCGACUGUUCAGGCUGCGUGUCGAGCUUCUUCUAGGCAGUCCAUUGCUCUCCUGUGAGGUCUUUAAUGAGGGUCUAUCCAUCACAAGUGCCAUUGCAACUUCUGUAGGCUCUGCUCAUGAGUACAUAAUCCUUGGUGGCUACCAGUCAGAGUCCGAGAAGCGGAUGCAGUGCACGUACGUUGCCUUAGACGAUGUUGGCAUACGCAUGGAACCUCGAGAUCCACCGCCAUGGGGCAGUGAGAUCAGCCAGAGCCGCACUUGGUUUGGUGGAAGCUUGGAAAAGGGUAAUGCUUUGAUCAUUAUUCCAUCAGAGGGAAAUCCAGCACCUCCAGAUGCGCACUACUGCUACCAGGUCAGCUUCCGACAUGAGGAAGAUGCUGAAGAUCCAACGCAGACCUGCAGCCAAGAGUCCACAGACUUUGAGGAUUCAGCUCCUCUAGAAGAUUCAGAAGAACUCUACUUUGGGCGUGAUCCCAAUGAGAUGGAGUUCAGCAGCGAUGGGGAAGGAGACGCCUACAACGAGGAUGACGAGGAGGACGAAUCUCAGACUGGUUACUGGAUCAAGUGCUGUCUCUCCUGCCAGAUAGACAUCAACACCUGGGAACCCUUCUACUCCACUGAGCUCACCCGACCGGCCAUGAUCUUCUGUUCCAGAGGGGAAGGUGGACACUGGGUCCAUGCCCAGUGCAUGGAGCUCCCUGAGAACCUACUUCUCCGCCUCUCUCAGGACAACAGCAAGUACUACUGCCUGGACCAUGGAGGUCCUGCCAAACAAGAGAUGACCCCACCACGCCAGAUCAUGCCUCUGAAGAAGGUUCCAAUGAAGAUAACGCACCGCAAAGCCCCGAUCACACUGAAGAUGACUCCAGCCAAGAAGAGCUUUCUUAGGAGACUGUUUGACUAAGCAAUUCUUGCUUUACUGGUCUUUUCAGAACUGUUACUAUAAUUAUGUGCUGCUUGCUUAUAAUACACAUAGCUAUUAGCUCUAUUCAUAUAAAUAUCUGCAAUUAUGUGUCCUUUGCUUAUAACCUAUAUUAUCACACAUAGUGCUACUUGCUAAGUGCUUUUAACUUGAGUUGCUGUUGUACUGUAAUAAUUGCAGUGUGACAGAAUGAAAGCUCAGAAAUGUAUUUUAUGUUUAAAGUAAAAUUCGAUCUAACAAUGAACAGCAUUUCAAAGCCUCACUUACAUGCAGGGAACUGUUUGACUAAGCCAUUUUCACUUCAGAGCUGUUAAUAUGUGUUACUACGCUUAUGUGCUAUUUUCUAAGAAUACCUAUACCAAUUAUGCCUAUAAAUAUCUGCAAUUAUCUGCUCUUUGCAGAACACCCAUAUUACCUAUGCUUUUAAUACUUCUAGUGCUAGAUGCUAAAGGCCUUUCAGGAGAACAGAAAGUACUACUGCCGUGACCUCGGAGGCCCUGCCAAGCAAGAGAUGACCCCACAUGCCACACAAUGCCUCAGAAGGAAGUUCCGAUUGAAAUAAAGCCCCACAAAGGGCAGGGAAAAAAGACUGUUAAUGGAAUUUUGUUCUACUGACUACUUAUUAGAAAUACCUGCAAUUAAGUGCUCUGUGUUCAACACCUAUAUUAUUACUUAUAGUGCUCCUUUUGAACUCCAUCAGGCAGCUGAAAAUAACUGUUAAAUUACUACAAUGAUGUACUAUAUCCUGUACUAAUACCCAUACCAAUAAUACAUUUAAAUACCUGCUAUGAAGUGCUCUUUGCAGUACACCUAUAUUACCUUUAAUGUUAAUUUACAUUUAUUGCUUAUAAUGCUACUUGCUAAAUGUCUUUAACUUGACUUGCUGUUGAGUUUGUGUUUUUUGAUGGCUGUUGUUAUGAAGAAUGAAAUCUCAGGAAUGUAUUUUUUGUUUAAAAU